AUGGCACCGAAGGCUAUGAUUACUGUUUUUCUGUUUUUGAGUCUCUUUGGACUGAACAUUAGCAUCCAACACUACUACGUGAAUAACAGUAUGAAGUGGUCAGAUGCCCAGUCCUACUCCAAGAAUUACUAUGAUGACCUGUCCACUGUAAGCAAUGAAGAACUGCAACUGCUCUCUGAAAAUCCGCAGGUCACUACGGAUUUUUAUUGGAUUGGACUCAAGAGAGCUUCCCACAUCCUAAUAAAGUGGAAAUGGACCGGAGGUGACGAUGCAACUGAUGUCAACUGGGAUGAAAAUCAACCAGAUUCUGUGGGUGAACAAUGUGGUGCUGUCAAAAAGUCCACUUCUAAAGUGCAUGAUGCUUAUUGUGGUUUGAAAAUAACAUGUUAUUGUAUGGAGGACCUGGACCUGGACCUGAUCCUGGUGCAGCAGGAAAGUACAUGGGAAGAGGCCCUGCUAUACUGCAGACAAAACUACAAAGAUCUGGCCAUACUGAACUCAGAUGAGAUCAUGACUGAGGCGAGAGUUCAGAGCACAGCAGCCCUGACAGAUAAUGUGUGGAUUGGUCUGCGCUUUAUCGCUGGUCACUGGUUUUGGGCAAAUGGAGAAGCUUUUGGAUAUAAGGUCUGGUCUUCAGGUGGAGAGCUCCAGUGCCCUAUGAAUCAGUGCUGUGCAGUUCUGAACCGUAAUAGUAUGGGUUGGAAACCCGUGGACUGUGAGAAGAGGUUAAACUUUUUCUGUAUCAAGAAAUGA